UACAUGUAGAUUUGCAGCAAAUAGUAAAUGUCACAAUUGAAUAGCUCAGUGUCUGGCACACGGUAUAAGUGCUUAUUAGUAAUGUUGGCUGUGGUUUUCGUCGCUCUAGAUUGGCCUUUAAUGUGCACCGUGGCUACUUUGGAGUUAGAGGUUUCAUGAAAUAGUUCAAUCCAACAGUAUCCACUGAAGACCUGUGAUAUACGUGGAAGAAUCAGCAGCUAAGUUUAUUAGAAUUUCAUCACUUUUUUUUCUGUUAUGCCCCAAGGAUGUAACAGAGCAGAAAAGUGAUAGAGAAUUCUGUUAAUAAACCAGAUUAGCCGGCAGUGAGUUGACUAGGUGCUCCUGCUUCACACUAUUCAUUUUAUUCAAUUAGAGUUUGGUGCCUGGUAAGAUUGCUCUUACAGAACCAUUUCUUCUGGAGUUCUCAGAUACCAGGUGAUCAGCACUCCAACAGAUUUUUUUAUGGUAAUGGAAUAUGUGUCUGGCGGUGAAUUAUUUGACUACAUCUGUAAACAUGGACGGGUUGCAGAGGUGGAAGCAAGGCGCCUCUUUCAGCAGAUUCUGUCAGCUGUGGAUUACUGUCAUAGGCAUAUGGUAGUUCAUCGAGACCUGAAACCAGAGAAUGUGCUGUUGGAUGCUGACAUGAAUGCCAAGAUAGCGGAUUUUGGAUUGUCUAAUAUGAUGUCGGAUGGUGAGUUUCUGAGAACUAGUUGUGGAUCUCCCAAUUAUGCAGCACCUGAAGUCAUCUCAGGCAGAUUGUAUGCAGGUCCUGAAGUUGAUAUCUGGAGCUGUGGUGUUAUCUUGUAUGCUCUCCUUUGUGGCACCCUUCCAUUUGAUGAUGAGCAUGUACCUACGUUAUUUAAGAAGAUCCGAGGGGGUGUUUUUUAUAUCCCAGAAUAUCUCAAUCGUUCUGUUUGCACUCUGUUGAUGCAUAUGCUGCAGGUUGACCCCCUGAAACGGGCAACUAUCAAAGAUAUAAGAGAGCAUGAAUGGUUUAAACAAGAUUUGCCCAGUUACUUAUUUCCUGAAGACCCCUCCUAUGAUGCUAACGUCAUUGAUGAUGAGGCUGUGAAAGAAGUGUGUGAAAAAUUUGAGUGUACAGAAUCAGAAGUAAUGAACAGUUUAUAUAGUGGUGACCCUCAAGACCAGCUUGCAGUGGCUUAUCAUCUUAUCAUUGACAAUCGGAGAAUAAUGAACCAAGCCAGUGAGUUCUACCUCGCCUCUAGUCCCCCAACUGGUUCUUUUAUGGAUGAUAGUACCAUGCAUAUUCCCCCAGGCCUGAAGCCUCAUCCAGAAAGGAUGCCACCUCUUAUAGCAGACAGCCCUAAAGCAAGAUGUCCAUUGGAUGCGCUGAAUACAACUAAGCCCAAAUCUUUAGCUGUGAAAAAAGCCAAGUGGCAUCUUGGAAUCAGAAGUCAAAGCAAACCAUAUGACAUUAUGGCCGAAGUCUACCGAGCUAUGAAGCAGCUGGAUUUUGAAUGGAAGGUAGUGAAUGCAUACCAUCUUCGUGUAAGAAGGAAAAAUCCAGUGACUGGCAAUUAUGUGAAAAUGAGCUUACAACUUUACCUGGUUGACAACAGAAGCUAUCUUUUGGACUUUAAAAGCAUUGAUGAUGAGGUGGUGGAGCAGAGGUCUGGUUCGUCAACACCUCAGCGUUCCUGUUCCGCUGCUGGCUUACACAGACCCAGAUCAAGUUUUGAUUCUGUAACAGCAGAGAGUCAUUCACUCUCUGGCUCUCUUACUGGCUCCUUGACAGGAAGCACACUGUCUUCUGUUUCACCUCGCCUAGGCAGUCACACCAUGGAUUUUUUUGAAAUGUGUGCUAGUCUGAUCACUACUUUGGCCCGUUGAUGAUGUUUCUCUAGUUUGUCUUUGUUAUUGCACUGUGAAAAUCAGAUAUAUUCUUAAAAUCAUUAUUUUACUUAUGGGUGUCACAUCCUCUGGAAUACUGAUCGAGAGUCAUGAAUAUUUCCAGGGGACACUCAAUGCCAUUGACAUUACUGAAAACAAAAAACGUCUGACAUUUUAUUUACCUGUAGACAUCUGUAAUUCUGUUUUGCCUAUGAUGAAUUCAUAGGCAGUGUCUUUAGUAGGUGAAUGUCGGUGAAGAUUGUUAAUUUGAAAUUGUGAGUUCACUACAGAUGAUUAAUGCACCUUCACCCGUGAACCGUCUCAUCAAAGGAUAGUUUGGCAACACCUCUUUGCUCUACUAUUUAAUGUAGGUAAAUCCAGUUUGCUUCCUAAAAAGUGAAGCAGGCUUUAAGUUGGGUUGAUGCAUCCCGUUCUCUUGCACAAGAAGAUUAAAAAAAAUAAUACGGCCAUUAGUAAAUUAGUAUUUAAAUGUUGAAAUCUUAAAGGCUUGUCCCCCAAAUUUCAGAAGCCAAGUUCUUCGAGUAGCUUUAGUGUUUGCAGAUACUGCCUAUUGUUUAACAGAAGGGCUGUGGUCCUGAAACAGGUAACUGGUUUUUCCAGGUUGCUUAAAAACAGCUAUAAUCAGCUACUGGCUGGGAGAUAUCCUUGAAUAACUAUCUUAAGAGCCUUCAGUGUUCUACUCAGUGUUGGAACAUCCAGAAUGGCAGCAACUUUUGUGUUUUUCAUAAAUGUUAUAUCAUUUUUAGAAAAACCUUAACAUCAUUUUAAAACAUGCCUUCAAAAGUACCUUUCUCAAAUUAUUUUUGGCUCUAUUUUUGUAUUUCACUAGGCAUGAUAAAGUAGACAGUUAAAUGAAACAAAGCAAAAUAUCAACAGUCCCUUAAAAGAGAACUCUUAUCUUUGAUUUAAUGUAUGUGGUGGAGAGUUUUGUGUCUGUCCUGUUGUAUCCCACAAUGCUCAUUCUUCAUUUGAAGUUCAAAUUUGUCAUAGCAGCUGUUCCCCUCCCUAACCUUCCCACCACCAUUGUCUUCGUUGUUUGAUCCUUAGUGGCUGAUUGACUUAGCUUUUUUCUGGUUCCCUUUCUGUGUUCUCUAUCUUGGUUCUAGCCAUCCAGUUUGAAAACACUGUUCUGGCCCUAAGGGCUUUUGUGUACUUCCAAAGCUUAAUAGUCUCUGACCUUGACUGUUGGGCUGUUUGGGUAGGGAAGCCUUAAACAUU